GGCAGAAGCAGCAGCACACAGCCGAGGUAAGCAGCUCUUCACUGGAUACUUGUGGUGCUCCGGCUAUGGUGACGACAGCAGUCCUCCAUGGGAUACCCGAGGCGGGUUGACGUGAUGACGUUACCGGGGGAAGCGGAUCUCCUGCGGGCUGACAGCUGAUGGAGAGGAGUCCCUGCUCCUCCUCUCACACUCACAGUCGGAAUUGUAUGAGGAGGACGCGGUGCCCCUGAAAUGACACACUGAACUGGACAGAAACGAUACACAGUUCAACUGGAAGGAAACUGGGCAUGGACUGAAAGGGUUGCCUUUUUUUCUCCUCGUGGAUGUUUUUUUCGUGAUCAGCUGGCACGAGUCUGCGCACAGUUGGUUUCUAAAUCAUUUUCCGGUACUGUCAUCUGUUGCCUUGUGAUUUAAGACAGCAUCAACAAGGCAGCUCACUGGUCAAAUACAUCAAAAUGACUUAAAAGAGUGCCUUUUGUUGUGUAUGCAGCUAUAUAUUUUCAGUCUAGCAAUGCUCAAGUCCCCAGCUUUGUGACCUCAUUUGUGCUUUUAAAGAAGUUUUCACUGACAGACCUUUUUAAUGAGUUGCAAAUCACCAAGAUAGCCGAGGGAAAGCGCAAGUACUAUGCACCGUUGUCGCUGUGUCACAUCCGACAUCGAUCCUGUAACCUCGGCGGAGGAGCGGCGCUCAUAACGGUACCGACCCCCCCUCCGUAGGGAACUCCCACCCCCCUCCGGGUAGUUUUUUGAUCCACGGAGAGGCGUUGAGAGCAGCAGGUAUGUUCGCCGCCGUGGAGCAUGGCCCGGUCCUCUGCAGCGACUCCAACAUCAUGUGCCUGUCCUGGAAAGGCCGGGUGCCCAAGAGCGAGAAGGAGAAGCCGGUGUGCCGGAAGCGCUACUACGAGGAGGGCUGGCUCGCUACCGGCAACGGCCGAGGAGUCGUCGGGGUCACGUUCACGUCCAGCCACUGUAGACGGGACCGACCCACCCCGCAGAGAGUCAACUUCAACCUCAGAGGACACAACAGCGAGGUGGUCUUGGUGCGGUGGAACGAGCCCUUCCAGAAACUGGCCACCUGUGAUACAGAUGGAGGUAUCUUUGUGUGGAUCCAGUAUGAGGGCCGCUGGUCUGUGGAGCUGGUCAAUGACCGUGGAGCUCAGGUGAGUGACUUCACCUGGUCUCACGAUGGCACCCAAGCACUCAUCUCCUACCGUGAUGGCUUUGUCCUGGUGGGAUCAGUCAGUGGGCAGAGACACUGGUCCUCUGAGAUCAACCUGGAAAGUCAGAUCACCUGUGGUAUCUGGACCCCAGAUGACCAGCAGGUGUUGUUUGGUACUGCAGAUGGACAGGUGAUAGUGAUGGACUGCCACGGGCGUAUGCUGGCCCACAUUCUGCUGCAUGAGUCGGAUGGCAUUGUCAGCAUGUCCUGGAACUACCCCAAUUUCCUGGUCGAGGACAGUAGUGAAAGCGACACAGACUCUGACGACUACUCCCCACCACAAGUGCAUAGCCAGAAACCUCUGCUGACAGUCAGCUUCACCUCCGGAGACAUCAGCCUGAUGAACAACUACGAUGACCUCUCUCCCACCCACAUCCGCACCGGUCUGAAAGAUGUGGUGGUCCAGUGGUGUUCGCAGGGGGACCUCCUGGCAGUGGCAGGGAUGGAGAGGACCCUCCUCUCCACCGACCCUUCCUGUCCUCCCCCCACCAGAAACGCCAUUGUCAAGUUCUACAAUGUUCGCGGUGAACACAUCUACACACUGGAAACGCCAGCGCAGCGCCCCAUCACUACGCUGUGCUGGGGUCACCGGGACUCUCGUCUGUUCUUGGCGUGUGGCCCGGCGCUAUACAUCGUGCGAGUUGAGCACCGCGUUGCGAGCCUGCAGCUACUCUGUCAGCAGGGCAUCGCCACAGCAGUGAAGGAGGAAAAAGAUGUUGCCAAGCUCACCAUGCCUUCCCGCCUCUGUUCUUACGUCACUACCGCUUUUGUUCCCACCAUCAAGCCCCCCAUCCCAGAUCCCAACAACAUGCGUGAUUUUGUGAGCUACCCAACAGCUGGGAAUGAGCGUCUGCAUUGUACAAUGAAGCGCACAGAAGAUAACCCCGAGGUGGGGGGACCCUGCUAUACUCUGUACCUUGAGUACCUAGGGGGUCUGGUGCCUAUUCUCAAGGGCCGACGAAUAAGUAAACUGCGUCCAGAGUUUGUCAUCAUGGACCCCAAGACAGAUGGAAAAACAGAUGAGAUAUAUGGCAACAGUCUUAUAUCUGCCAUGAUUGACAGCUGUAACUGCUCGGACUCCAGUGAUAUUGAGCUCAGCGAUGACUGGGUUGGCAAAAAAUCUCCAAAGAUAUCCAGGGGUAGUAAAUCCCCCAAACUGCCCAGGAUCAACAUUGACCCAAGAAAAUCACCCAAACUGUCCCGUGCUACGCAGGAGAUCUCCAGGUCACCACGUUUACCCAUACGCAAACCGUCUAUUGGGUCACCCAGUCUAACACGGAGAGAAUUUCCUCUAGAUGACAUAACUCAGCAAAAUUACCUUGCGCAGGUCACAUCCAAUAUUUGGGGAACAAAGUUCAAGAUAGUGGGGUUGGCCACAUUCUUACCAACAAAUCUCGGUGCAGUCAUCUAUAAGACGAGCCUCCUCCAUCUGCAGCCCAGACAGAUGACCAUCUACCUGCCAGAGGUGCGUAAGAUCUCAAUGGACUACAUCAAUCUGCCUGUCUUCAGCCCCAAUGUCUUCAGUGAGGAUGAAGACGACCUGCCUGUCACAGGCCCUGCUGGUGGUGCCGAUGACAAUCCACCCUGCACUGUCAACAUCCCUAUUGCUCCCAUCCAUAGUCCUGCUCAGGCCAUGUCCCCCGCCCAAAGCAUUGGUCUGGUUCAGUCUCUUCUAGCCAAUCAAAAUGUUCAGCUGGAUGUUCUCACGAACCCCACAGCAACGUCCUCUGGGGCUGCUGCUGGUGGUUCAGACCAAAGCCAAGACACCAUCUUAACAGCCCAGUACACAGUUCCCACCAGGUACUCCAGUCCUGGUCAGGUCAUCUUUGGAGGGCUAGACAUGAGUCGCCUGAUGGUGGGCCCUCCACAUUCUCAUCAUCCUUCACAGCAACAGCAGCAACAGCAACAACCGAGUCACCAUCACCAACAGCAGCAGCACCAACAGUUACAACAACUGCAACACCACCAACAAAUACAGCACCACCAACAACAGCUUCAGCAGCAACAGCAACAGCAGCUACAUCAGCAGCAACAGCAGAUGCUCCAACACCAACACUUACAACAACAGCAGCUUCAACAACAGCACAUUCAGCAGCAGCUCCAACACUUACAGCAGCAGCAGCAUCAGCAGCAGCUACAGCAGCAGCAACAUCAACAGCAGCUACAGCAGCAGCAACACCAACAGCAGCUACAGCAGCAGCAACAUCAACAGCAUCUACAGCAACAUCAACAGCAGCUACAGCAGCAGCAACAUCAACAGCAGCUACAGCAGCAGCAGCUACAGCAGCAUCAGUUACAGCAGCACAUCCAUCAACAGCAACAACUGCAACAGCAGCAUCAACAAAUUCAGCAACAGCAGCAACAACAGCAGCAACUGCAUCAUCAACAGCAAUCACAGCAGCAACAGCAGCACCACCAUCAACUUCAGCAGCAGCUUCAAAUUCAAAUCCCUGUCCCCUCCAUGUCAUCAGGACAGCCUUCAGGUGCAGCUGUGCACCAGCUCCAGACAGGGGCGCUGCAAAUCCAGAUCCCUCACCCUCCUGCUGAUUUGGUAGUUGAGAGAACAGUGGGAGGUGAACACGAGCACCUACUAAAAAUAAAGACGACUCGUUCAGCUCCACAGUUGGCUGAUGGUGAUACAGUGGUGUUCAGUGCCCCGCUAGAGCUCAGCAAGAUGAACCCCCCUCCCCCUUACCCUGGGACAGUGGCCGCUGCUGUGGCUGCUGCAGCAGCUGCUGCUGCCUCAGCAUCAGCCUCCACUGCAGCCUCAAACGCUGCAUCUGGAGCAUCAGGGGCUACCAAUGGGACUCCGCCUGGUGACCUGUGUUUGAAGAAGGGAGAGUUCCCACUUUAUCCUUCAGGUCAGCAACAAGCGCAGUACCCCACACCCCUGGGCUAUGAGAGGAUAACAACUUUUGACAGCAGUGGGAAUGUGGAGGAAGUUUGUCGUCCUCGAACACGUCUUGUCUGCAAUCAGAAUGUCUACACCCUCCAGGGACCUGGCAGCUCCGCCACUCUCAGGGUCACCUCCUCAUCCUCCUCAGCCGAUGGCAAGAAGAUCCAGCUGCCAUACACCUCUGCCACUCUCAACAGACUCACUGCACCCCGCUAUUCCAUACCUAGCGGAGACCCGCCCCCGUACCCUGACCCAGCUAAUCAGAACAGUGCUGUUGGCAGGAAUCCUGGACAGAGGCUUGACAGCAGUCUGAUCCACGCCACUCUCAGGAGGAACAGCCGAGAAGCUGCUCUCAAAGUUUCCCAGAUGCUGGAACCGCCUAGACCACUGCCUCCUAAGGCUAAAAAUAGUAGUGCACUAGCAGCCUCGUACCAGCAGAGGGUGCCAACAGCCUUAUACACCUGCAGUCAGUGUAGCAGUGGAUCCAGUGUUGGAGGCACCGCCCCAGGGAGUGCUAAUGGAAUAGCAGGAGGAACUAUAAUCAGACAGGAUUUCCCUCCAGGGAAUGGCGCACCACACAGCACAGUUAUCGUUCACUCCAACAGUGCCACUCCCCUGGCCUCCCAGUCCUCUUACAACCUGCUGAGCUCACUUGAAGGGUCUGGAUCUGUAGGAGGAGGAGGAAGUAACAGAGACAGGGCUGAUUAUGUUAAUUCAGCAUUUACUGAGGAUGAAACACUCAAUCAGUCACUGAGGCAUCUGGCACUUGGAGGAAAUGAUGCAUCAGGGCUGGUUGUGAAACGCCCACCUCCCUAUCAGUGGGAUCCAGCUGCCACUGAGGAGGUGUGGGUUCCUCAGGAACGGACAGCAACGCUGAACUCUACUGGCCCUCCUGUGCCACACAAACCACCACCCCUUAUUCUCAGUCCAGCUCAGCACUUGGAUGUAUCCAGGCUGCCUUUUGUCCUCUCUCCAAAGUCUCCCACCAGCCCCAGUGCUGCGUCAUUUCAAGCCGCUGCAGCAGCUGCAGGCUACCAAAUCUCUCUCCAGUACCCUCCAACAACUGCCUAUUCUGCGGCCCAGCUCCAGCCCAUCCCGGGUUCACCACGCCCCUGCUCCUCACCAAAGGAGAUGGUGGCACCCGUACCCUUCUCACAGCAGGAUGCAACAAUUGUCUUACCUCCUGGUUACCCUGCAAACCUGGCCAACCUAGCCUGCUGCCCUCUUCCUCCCAUGUACCCAGGAGGAAGUGCUGGGCUUCCCAUUCCCCCUAUUGCCCUCCACACACCUUGGGGUACGUAUAACUCUUGCCCCCCAAUUCCUAGUCCUACAGUGCCACUACCACCCAAAGCCUCCCACAUGGCAGACAAAAAUGUUCUCUCGCCACCUCCUCCACCACCACCCCCUCCACCACCACCAGCAGAACUUCAAAGCCAUGGAGGAUUACAAGAGGCCAUGGCAGAGGCUGGGGAAGGUUUCCAGGAAGUGCUCUCCUUGACCGAGAGCCCUGUGCCACAGCGCUCUGAGAAGUUCAGCAAGAAGAACCGCAAACGGGGGGAUGGUCGGGCUGAGGAGGCAAAUGUGCCACCUUUGGCUGAAGGGAGCAAGUCCAAAAAGGAGGGCAGGGCUCUGGGAGAUUUCAAUUCACUCAUCUCCAGUCCACGGCUGGGAGGAAGGGACAAAAAGAAGCUGAAGGGACAGAAAGAGCAGCAGUUGAAGGCUAAGAAACUGAGUAAGGCCACUGCCAAUAGUGAGUUCCAAGACAGUUCAGAAAGUGAGCCAGAGCUAUUCAUCAGUGGGGAUGAGCUGCUCAACCAAUGCCAGAGCGGUAAGAAGGGUUGGAAGAGUAAGAGGAACCUUCGGGCUGCCAGCGAACUGGAUGAGAUCAAGUGUCGAAAGGCCAAUGAGAAGGAGGACCGAGGGCUGGGCAGCCAGGGCUUUGUGUAUGUCAUGGCCAACAAGCAGCCACUUUGGAACGAAGCCACGCAGGUCUACCAGCUGGACUUUGGUGGGCGCGUCACACAGGAGUCUGCCAAGAACUUUCAAAUUGAACUGGAGGGCAGACAGGUGAUGCAGUUUGGCAGGAUCGAUGGCAAUGCCUACAUCCUGGACUUCCAGUAUCCCUUCUCUGCUGUGCAGGCCUUUGCAGUGGCUUUAGCCAAUGUCACCCAACGCCUCAAAUGAGAUGUCCCAUCCGUACUUACCCUGAGUUAUAUCUGGGAUUUAAUGCAAUCUUUUGAAGGGGCACACUUGUUUCAUUUGAGAUUAAUGAACUUUGAUUUAGGAAAGAAGACUAAAAUCCGCCUUGGUCAUAGAGAGAGAGAGAGAGUUACAAUCACGCUGCACUACACAAUGCUGCCAUUUGAGUUGGUGCAAUAAGCAUUGGCUGCAUUUGCCAAGGAUGCCCUCAGAUUUUCUCCUUUUGGCAGUCAGCGGCGCCUUGCAAUGCAUGUAUGGCCAAAGAGCUGAGCUUUGGUAAUCAUCAUGCAAAUAAAUGCUGCUUUAGCUAGAAGAAGCUGAUAGACAUGAUAACCAAUCGGUUAGCUGAGAGCGGAAUUGUCAAGGUGCAGUUUUCAAAAGAGGCAGCAGUAAUACUUGAAAACCACACUCUGGAGAUCAAAGUCGUUUUCCCCAGAGCGCACAGGUACUACUGGGCACUGAAAUCCAUUGCUGUACAAAACUUCAGUGAAACAGUUACCACUUUAUAUUACACUGCUUUUGCUUUUAGGAUUUUAUUAAAUGAUUUAACAUGGUGGAGGGUAGGAGGGUCUUUUUGUUUCGCUCUCUGCCAUUCCUUUUGUUACUGUCUCAGUCUCACACAUUUCACUGUAGUGAAAGGUGUUUCACUGUUAAAAACUUGGGAAGGUAAAGUAGUAAAAAUAGCUGAGGUGAGCUGCAGUCUUUUCCACAUGGUUUCCUGGGACUCUGAAGGACAAAGAAAUGUUACUCUGUUCAUGGAUUAAAUUAUAUGUACAUUUUGUUGUUUAUCUAUUCUUAUAUUGAAUUUUAACUUUAUUGUCAUUGUUUGUGAUAUACAAUCUUCAUACCCUGUCAACGCAGUUUUCAACUUACCUGCUUUAUUUGGGAGACCGGUGGCUGAAUUUGAAUAUUGCUGUGUAAUCUGGAGCAUUCAGGUGGGAGGGGUGUACAGAAUAGCUUUGACUGACGCAUCCUGUACUUAAUGAAAUAUCUAAAAUAUGGUGACAUGGGCGCAAAAGACGUCACCAAAGCCUGAAUUCAACAACGUAACCUCUGGCAUGAAGUGAUUUGUCACCUGCUGUCACUUCUGUGAAGUGAGUGUGUGUGUGGGGGGGGGGGGGCUGUCCCUGCUCUUGAAGACCACACUAAAUAUGUAAGCAAGGUACAGGAAAUAUUUUUGUAUAUUUCUCCUAUGCCAUUUCAUACACUCUUCAGAAGUCAUGUAAAUACAUAUCAUUCAUAUGUAAAUGUUGUUAAGAGACUUGGUGACUCUGACAGAUGUCUAUUUACACCUGUCUCCACUGUGUUUAAAGUGUAAUUUCAGGUGUGGAGCGGAGCUGUAGUACUGUUUAACUCAACAGCUACAACCACAAAAAAGAAAAAACGUAACAGUUAAGCUGAAAUCAUUUUCACUGAAUCUUUGAAGUCAUAACUCCAAUGAAGGAUGAAGCUAUUGAGAUCUAUUCAUUUAGUAAGCUGACACUGAAAUCUGUAAAGCUGGUUUAUUUUUUUUUAUUUCAGGCAGUGAAGUUUGUGUUUUUAGUGAGCUGAGAACACAGUGCGAGGUCAGGAGGAAAUUAUUCGGCAAACUGCAAAUAUCAGCUAUAGGUUUUAUUAGUUAAGAAAAAGGUAACUUAAAGUCACAAAUUUAAUAUUUAGGCUGAUUAGGGUCACCUGAAACUUUUGUGCCAAAAUAUGCAUUUGCUAAAAUUUAAAGUUGAUGAAAUGGGCCUAGACAGAAGUGUAACUUAAUGCUUAGUAAAAAAAAAAAGAAUAGAAGAAA